CCAAAACAUGACACACCAAAAAAAAAAAAUAAUGCUUUUUAAUUGCUUUUAAUCUUAUCUUAUCUUAUUUUUUUUUUUUUUGAAUAUGAGUUUAAUCAACUUAACUCAGUUAAAUAUGGUUGGCAUAUUGACUGCUUAGUAAUUCAAUAUUUACAUUAAAUAUUAGACAAAUCAAAAUUAAAAAUGUCGAGUAUUGUUGUCGUUGGUUCUUGUAUGAUAGAUUCUACUAGUUUUUCUGAAAGAUUACCAAAACCUGGUGAAACAAUUGCUGGAACGAGAUUUGAUAAAACAUUUGGUGGUAAAGGAGCAAAUCAAUGUGUUGCAGCAGCAAAACUUGGAGCAACAACAAGUCUCAUUGCUGCUCUGGGUAAUGAUGCUUCUGGUAGAGAAUACAUAAACCAACUGGAAAAAUAUAAAAUUAAUAGUGAACAUGUGAAAUUGGUGCCUGAUGUAUCAAGUGGAUCAGCUCAAAUAAUGGUAGCUGAAAAUGGUGAAAAUAUGAUUGUUAUUGUAAAAGGUGCUAAUGAUUAUCUUACAUCAGAUGAUGUUAAUAAAGCUCGACAAACAAUUAAAAAUGCAUCAGUACUUAUCACUCAAUUUGAAUCAAGUCUAGAUGCAACUCUUGAAGCAUUAAAGCUACACAAAGGACAUGGUACUUCAAUUCUCAAUGGAGCACCUGCACUUGCUAAUCCUGGACGUGAAAUUCUUGAAAGCUGUGAUAUAUUUUGUGUCAAUGAAACUGAAGCACAAAUAAUGACGGGAAUUGAACCAUUAAAUUUAAUUAAUGCUCAAGAUGCUUUGGAUAAACUUUUUAUUCAAGGAUGUAAAAUAGUUAUUAUCACUUUAGGAGGUACUGGUUCAGUAUUUGCUACUAGAAAACAACAAAAAAUGAUUCAUAUUCCUGUAGAAAUUGUUAAACCAAUUGACACGACUGGGGCUGGUGAUGCAUUUUUAGGAGCACUAGCAUAUUUUUUAUGUUAUCAUGAAAAAUUAUCAUUGGAAGAAAAAAUUAUAAGAGCUUCGAAAAUUGCUACAGAAUCUGUUUUAAAAAUUGGCACUCAAAGUAGUUUUCCGACUAAAAAUGAAUUACCACAAGAGUUAUUUUUAUAACAACAUUUUGUGUUAAAUAAAUAAAUGAAUAAAAUUUUUUAUUUAAUUCUCUUUGUCGAAUUUCUCAUUUUGGAGUUACUGUUCGAAAUAACUUUGAUUGCUACAGCCUAUUUAUUGGCGCUAGAGAUGAUGGCUACAAAAUGUUUUUUAUUUGUAAAAUUACUCUUUGCCUCCUCUAUAUUCCUGUUAC